GUUCAUAGCAAUAAUUUGUAUAUAUUUAUAUUAAGUUUGUAAAGUUAAGGUAGCCUUUGCAUUUGCAUGUGAUUUAAGUUAAAUCAGAGACGAGUUUUCAAGAAAUAAAAUAAACAACAUUUUAAAUAAAGUCGAAAACUAAACGAUAAUUAGCAAUGAAUGAGGAAUUUGAGUUGAAUCCAAAUGAUGAACACCUGACUUCGGAUAUUCAACUAAUACAUUACCCCACCUACGGUCCGUUCUAUGGCAUAAUGGGCGUGUCGGCGGCCAUCGUCUUCUCUUCGGUUGGUGCUGCCUAUGGCACAGCAGUGUCGGGCACGGCGAUUGCUGCCACGGCUGUGAUGCGUCCCGAGUUAAUCAUGAAGUCGAUCAUACCCGUUGUCAUGGCCGGCAUUAUAGCCAUCUAUGGACUGGUCGUUGCGGUGCUGAUAUCUGGCAAGUUGGACUCGGCGGCAACCUAUUCGGUGGCCCAUGGCUAUAUACAUCUGUCGGCCGGUCUAUCUGUGGGCUUUUGUGGAGUAGCGUCUGGCUAUGCCAUUGGAUGUGUUGGCGAUGCCGCAGUACGUAAUACGGCCCUGCAGCCGCGGAUAUUUAUAGGCAUGAUCUUGAUUUUAAUCUUUGCUGAAGUCCUGGGCCUGUAUGGCAUGAUUGUGGCCAUCUAUUUGUAUACCAAAGAAAUUUAGUCGAGCUGGUUUUUAUGUUAAAU